AUGCUAAUUUUUCAGUUAAGUCAGUUUUGGUAUGCAUCAGAAACUGCGCUUCAGCUCUGUCAUGAGCUCAUAGAAGCUGUUGGAGGAAAUGGUCGCAUAGCAUGUAUAUCGUGCCCUACCUUGAUGCAGUACUUCCCUAAUAUUGACAGUUAUAACAAGGAUAGUGUCGUCAUCAAAUUACUUGAAUACGAUCAUCGUUUUGAGAAGAAGUUUCCAGAGGAAUACGUACCUUAUGACUAUAGACAUCCUUUAGCUGUUCCUAGCGAACUGAAAGGUAACAGACAUUUCUGCAUUAAAUUAUCACCAGCCAUCAUGUUCCAACUUGCAGGAGUUUUUGAUGUUGUUAUUGCCGAUCCUCCUUUUCUUGCUGAUGAAUGUUUAGUCAAAACGGCACAAACUAUUCGAAUGCUGGCGAAACCAAAUGCUAAAAUUAUUUUGUGCACAGGAGCAGUUAUGGAGAAGAUGGCUCAUCGUCUUCUUGGGCUUCAUCGCUUGAAAUUUGAGCCUCAGCAUGCUAAUAAUCUUUCUAACGAAUUUUCUUGUUUUGCCAAUUACGAAACAAAAUAUUUGUGA